GCAGCGAAAAGGAGAGGACACAGAUCACAAGAACUGUGACACAGACUUCUUAUAACACUCCAUCAACUCUCUCGGUGGGGAAGCAUCAGUUGAAACAGAGCCUCUCACCCCAUGUGGACCGCUGACUGUGCCAGAGGAUAAAAGACUGAUCCUCCAGCUGACUUCCAGUACGUAUAGCCCUAAGUGUUGUGGCCAGGGUCAGUGGUUACCAUGACGACUGAAGAGAAACCGAAUGGAGUGCGGCAAAGAAACAUCAAGACCCGUACAUCAGAUGAGAUCUCCAGUCACACUGGGAGUCAUAAUAAUGCACAGGAAGAAGACGAGAGACAGUGGCAGAAACAUGCACAGAGAGUGAAGGAGAAAAUCAUGGAGCAGGUCCAGGAUCAGCUCGGUGAUAUUCUGGACAAAACUAUGACUUUCACUGAAUUCCAGCCAACAGUUAAUGGAAAGGCGACAAAAAAAUCUAGAUCUCACAAGAUGGAUGAUGGCAAAGUGUUCAUGGACAGGGCAUCACUGCUGGAUGAACUGUUUGAGAUCAGCCACAUCAGGACCAUCUACCACAUGUUCAUCGCCGUGCUCCUCAUCUUCUGCCUGAGCACGCUAGCUGUCGACUACAUUGACCAGGGCAGGUUGGUCCUGGAGUUUGACCUGUUCUUCUACGCUUUUGGGAAACUGGGCACUGUCACCUGGGUGUGGAUGCUUAUGUUUUCUUACACUCUGCUGGUUCCCUACUACACUGUGGUGUCUUGGGGGUCAAUGUAUCACAUCUUCCCUUCCAAGUUGGGGCUGUCCCUGGGGACAGGUCUAUUGCUGUCUGCCAUACAGACCUGUGUGCUGGGAUUUUUCCCCAUCUAUGUGGUCAUACACUACCAACUGCCACCAGCUUCACGGUUUAUUGUUAUAUUGGAGCAGAUUCGAUUCCUGAUGAAGAGCUACUCAUUCAUGAGAGAAACUGCUCCUGUUAUUAUGAAGAAUAAGCCAACGGAAGGAGAGAAUCCCAAAUUCCCUACACUUUCCAGUUAUCUCUACUUCCUUUUCUGUCCAACUCUCAUCUACAGAGAAUCAUAUCCCCGGAAUAGCCACAUAAGAUGGAAUUAUGUUGGCGUUACUCUUGGCAUGAUCUUGGGCUGCUUGUUUUACAGCUACUUCAUCCUGGUGCGACUUUGUGUGCCCUUCUUCAAAAAUGAGACCAACCAGCCUUUUAGUAAACGGACAUUUGUUCUGGCUGUGUUCAACUCAAUACUACCAGGUAUAAUGUUCCUUCUGUUGUGUUUCUUUGCCUUCCUGCACUGCUGGCUGAACCUCUUUGGGGAGCUGCUGCGUUUUGCUGACAGAAUGUUCUACAAGGACUGGUGGAACUCAACAUCUUUUGCCAACUAUUAUCGUACCUGGAAUGUGGUGGUUCACGACUGGCUUUAUUACUAUGGAUACAGAGACUUCCUCUGGCUGUCGAAAAGGAAAUUCCGAACAGCUGCCAUGCUCUCCGUGUUCAUCGUCUCUGCUGUGGUCCAUGAGUACGCCUUGGCCAUGGGCUUCGGCUUCUUCUAUCCUGUCAUGUUUUUCCUCUUUGCAGUCAUUGGAGUGGUGUUCAACUUUACCAUGAACGACAAGCGGCAGAGCCCUGUCUUCAAUGUCAUCAUGUGGGCGUGUCUCUUCCUCGGUCAGGGCGUCCAGGUGUGUCUGUACUGCCAGGAGUGGUACGCACAGAUACACUGUCCUCGUACAGGGAAUAGUUUCUGGGAGCUGGUGACACCUCGCUCCUGGUCCUGCAGCAUCCAGAGAUAAAGCUGCUGACAGCUGAUUAUUUUCCUGAGCUGGAGGGAUGAAUGAAGAAAGGAUGGAAGAAUGCAAAGAAAUUGAGUCAUGAUGAGCUAAAUGUGAUGGGUAUGACACCAUGAAACACAUGUAAAUAUAUGAUAUUUUCUAUUUUCAGUGUGUAAAGAAGUUGUGGGUCAAGAUGUGACUGUCACUUUUACCUUUAUGUUGUUAUUUAGAUGUGGCGUUACUUUUGAUCGCCACUGGAUUAUUCCAAUUUAUCAUUGCACUAAUAGUGUUGAAAAGUGUUUCAUUUUGUUUUUUAUUAUGAAGUGCUUAUAGAAUAUGAUUCUGUAAGCAAACAGUUUUACCUUAAUUAAUAGGUAGACCUUUUAUUGAAAAUGAAAAGUGUUUAUCAAAUGCAAAGUUGUGUGAAAAUGGAUUAAACAGAUAUGAGAUAUGUGUCAAUUAGCCAGCUUUAGAGGCACUGAUAUGCAAAUUCUUCACCUUUAGAGACAGUGUAUCUAACUGUUUCCCUCUGCCUCCAGACUUUAUGCUAAGCUAGGCUAAUUGCCUAAGAGCUCAAUCUCCAAAAUAAUGUGCAGGGGGAAAAAUAUUUACUGUUUAUAUUUUUUACAAGCAGUAAGAAAUCUUAAUUUCUUUAAUUCCUUGAAUGUGAUUCUUUAUAUUAUUAAAUAUAUAUAACGUUCCACUCAAUUGUUUUUUUCUUUUCAUUCCUUCAGUUGGAUGUGUGAGCUUCACUGUGCAGAAUGAUGUAUGUGCAGAAUUUGAAACUAGAAGACCAGUUUAGAACCAGUCGUAGUCGUAGAAUUUACACAAAUAUAAUGUGGAAAUUUGAAAACAGACCUUUUAUUUUUAUUAUUUUUAUAUGGACUUUGUAUUUAUGUAUUCAUCCAUUCUGGCAUUUUUAAUGAGGGGAAAAGGAGUUCAUUUUUGUUGAUUUUAACCUGAUAACUGAACUUUUUGUGUGUGGAAAAACCGUACCAGACAGAAAUUAUUAUUCAAGUAGAGCAUUUUAUCUACAUCUUAAAACAUGUCUUGAGGGGAUCUUUAAAUUAUAUAUGAAACGCUCUCAAGAAGAAAGAAUUAUUGUAGACUUUAAAUAAAAUGUAUAAAUGCUUCUUCUUUUUUUCUUUUUUUAACUUCUGCUGUAUUUAUAUUAAAGCAAGACAUUGUUACAAAACACAAAAGGGAAGUGAUUUUAUUUUUGCCUGUUAACAGAAUAUUGUCUUUGAUUUUUACUGUUUGUUAGAUGUAGAAAACAGUUCACACAGGACAGGCCAAAUCAAUGACAGUUUAAAACAAGUGUUGCCACAGUGUUUGCUGCACGUUAAAUCCUGCCUCGUUGACAUACAGCCAUCAGGGAUUGGUGGAGAGAGCAGGUAUGUUAACCAACCAAGCAGCACAGCUUCUUAUCAGUCAGCCACAAAGCCUGUGUGUCUGCCUGCCACGUCCCUCUGAAGUCAUACAGGAAGAGGAGGAUUAAAAUGGGUACAGUAUUUGCAUUAGUGAUGUAAUGCACUGUAAACUGAUAUACUGCAAUACUAUAGAAGCUCAGAGUGGCACAGCAGGCGACAGUGUCAACUGUAACAUGAACUAUAUUUGUAGUUGCUUUUGACAUGUCAGAUCAAAUGUUCUGUUUGAAUUAAUCUAUGUCUUAUAUCUUAAAAGGUUUGUUUGACAUCCUUUUUAUUAGCUUUCUUUUGAGCACAUCAGAGGAGCUGUCACAUACAUUAUUUAUUUGGUGGAUGCAGUUGUCAGCCAU